AUGGACGAUAAAGAUGAAUCCCAGGACAUAAGAAAAAUGUUACGCAACGAGAAAAGCCGACUCCACCAAUGGUUCCAAGGUAGAAAGAAGCCUGCUGAUUUGAAAUUCACCCAUGAAAUUGACACAGCCAGCCUAACGGGCUUGGUUUUCGACGUUAAAUUUGACUCCGGGGGGUCUAAAAGGGCCGAAGAUGAUGAUGAGAUAGAAUUAAGGUCAUGGUUCGAGGCUAGGACGUCACCCAAGAACCAAGCGUCUCAGGAAAAGCUGGGCUUCGAUUACGUACUAAAAUUCAUGUCUACCAAGCGACGUUUGUUUAUGACUUCGAAUGGUAUUCUUGGAUGGGGUCCUGAGGGUUUAGACAUUAGCGAUCGAGUGUACGUUCUGCCCGGUGGGAGAACCCCCUAUGUGCUUCGAGGCGUAUCUACACAGUAUUUGGACUAUGGUUUUGCCGGGGAGAUGGUCGGAGAUUGCUACCUCCAUGGUGUUAUGGAUGGAAAAUAUGCCAAGCAUUUUGAUAAAAGUGGCAAAGCAGCUUCAAUAUUCAGAGAACUCUGUAUGCCUGAGUUCAAGACUAUUCGGCAGCUUUUUGGACCCGAGUUGGAUGACAUCGCGAGCAAAUAUUUACUCUCUACUCCUGUGAUGUCACUAGGAGAGAAUACAGGGGGCUGA